GUUUAUUAACCAUUGAAAUUCGGAGUGAGCCCCCUCUCGUCUAAAUAUAUUGUCUGCAGGUGAGAGAACGGUACUACAAACCCACCAAGCUAAGGUGAUCAGCCGUGUAAGCUGUUGAUGAGUUUUGAUUUUAGCCUGUGGUUUCGAACAGUGAGUAGGAGCAGCCACCAUGUUUGAUGAGAAUCGUAAGGUAUGGGUUCCGCAUCUUGACGAUGGUUUCCAACUUGGCAAGAUAGUGGACAUUGGAACUGACAGCAUUACAGUUGAACCAUUCAAAACACCAAAAAAGCAUGUUUCUGCCCCAUAUGACCGAGUCUUUCCUGCUGAAGAUGAUGAUUCAAAGACUGUACAAGACAACUGUGCUCUUAUGUAUCUCAAUGAAGCUACUCUACUCAAUAAUCUACGUCUACGAUAUGCAAAAAAUGAAAUCUAUACUUAUGUUGCAAAUAUUUUGAUUGCUGUAAACCCUUACAAGGACAUGAAAGGACUUUAUUCCACUGAAGUAAUAAAAAAGUACAUGGGUAAAUCACUUGGUGUCUUGCCCCCACAUGUUUUCGCUAUUGCUGAUAAAGCAUUUCGCGAAAUGUUGGUGUUGCGUCAGAGUCAGUCUAUCAUUGUAAGUGGAGAGUCAGGCGCAGGAAAAACAGAAUCAACCAAGUACAUUUUAAGGUAUUUGACCGAGUCGCAUGGUCAAAGUGCUGGCGUUAUAGAACAGCAAAUCCUUGCCGCUAAUCCUUUACUAGAAGCUUUUGGUAACGCUAAAACCAUGAGAAACAACAACAGCAGUCGAUUUGGAAAGUUUAUCGAAAUACAUUUUAGCACAAAGCAUCAAGUUGUAGGUGGCCAUGUAUCUCACUACCUGCUGGAGAAGCCUCGAGUUUGUUGGCAAAUGUCUGGUGAGAGGAACUAUCAUAUAUUUUACUACCUCUGUGCCGCAGCAUCGGACCAGUUGCGAAAUGCCUUUAAGAUUAAAACACCAGAUGAUUACCAGUAUAUGAAGGAAGGGACUACGCAGUAUUUUCUUUCCAAGGAGACAGAAGCCAAACUUAAAGAUACGCACAAGAGUAGAAUGCAAAAAUCAAAGGGUGGUCUGCGUGACAUAGUCAUGGAUGAUGUGACAGGCUUACGACGAGUUGAAGAAGCAAUGAAUAAAUGUAAAAUCAGUGAAAAAGAAAAAAUGGACAUUUUUCGCAUUGUUUGUGGCGUGCUUCACCUUGGCAACAUCAACUUUGAGUCUGCUGAGGGUACACAGGGAGGUUGCUGCGUGUCCCCAAGUGCUCAAGAGGCGGUUAUCAUGACAGCCAAACUAUUUGGACUUGAAAAGGAUGAACUUUGUGAAUGCUUAGUAACCAGAGUGAUGCAGGCAGCAAAAGGUGGAGGAAAGGGAACAAUCAUCAAGGUUCCUUUGAAGGCUGACCAGGCAGCAAAUGCUCGUGAUGCUCUUGCCAAGUACAUCUACGACCGUCUCUUUUCGUACAUAGUGAAGCGUGUCAACGAUAGUUUUCCAUUCCAGUCAUCUGCUCAUUUUAUUGGCGUUUUAGAUAUUGCUGGAUUUGAGUACUUCACGCUGAAUAGUUUUGAACAGUUUUGUAUCAAUUACUGUAAUGAGAAACUUCAGCAGUUCUUCAACCAGAGAGUUCUAAAGGAGGAGCAAGAAUUAUAUGAAAAGGAGGGCUUAGGGGUAAAUGCCGUUACUUAUUCUGACAAUCAAGAUUGUAUAAAUUUGAUUGAAAGUAAAUUAGGCAUUCUUGAGCUUCUUGACGAGGAGAGUAAGCUGCCUAGAGCAAGCCCUAAUAAUUUCACACACACAGUGCAUCAGAAACACAGUUCACACUUCAGGCUAGCGAUUCCUAGGAAAUCCAAGUUAACCGCGCAUCGUAAUGUACGUGAUGACGAGGGAUUCCUUAUACGUCACUUUGCUGGUGCUGUCUGCUAUCAAACGGCUGAAUUUAUUGAAAAGAAUAAUGAUGCCCUGCACUCAUCCCUGCAAAUGCUGUUGAAUGAAAGCAAAGAUCCAUUUAGUAAACAAUUGUUUCCCAAAGCAGAAAACAUGGGCAAAUCAAUUCAGAAACUGGCCUUUGACAGUGUUGGAAAUAAGUUCAAGGUUCAACUUAAUGUAUUGAUGGAAAAGCUACGUGCUACCGGAUCCUCAUUUGUCCGAUGCAUCAAACCAAACAGCAAGCUCAUUGAUAGCCUAUUUGAGGGUACUCAAAUUUUGAGUCAACUUCAGUGUGCAGGUAUGGUGUCUGUGCUCAACCUUAUGCAAGGUGGUUUUCCAUCCAGAGCUUCUUUCCAUGAUCUCUAUGAAAUGUACAAGAAGUACAUGCCACAGAAUUUGCUUCGCCUUGAUCCGAGGCUGUUCUGUAAGGCCCUGUUCCAUGCUCUAGGUCUUAGCGAUCAGGAUUAUCGCUUUGGUGUAACCAAGGUCUUUUUCCGUUCGGGAAAAUUUUACCAGUUUGAUCAGAUGAUGAAAUCUGACCCUGAGCACUUGCGUCUUCUGAUAAAGAAAGUUCAUCGUUGGUUAAUUUGUGCUCGCUGGAGGAGAGCACAGUGGGGAACUUUAAUGGUUUUAAAGUUGAAGAACAAGAUUUUAUAUCGACGCAGAGCUCUUCUGAAGAUGCAAAGCACUGUUCGGAUGUUUCUAGCUGUACGCCGCCAUAGACCGCGGGUCAAAGCUUUGAAGCAAGUUAGAACACUUCAUUCAGAGAUAGUAAAGAUGGAAGAAUUUGCUAAACACUUGAAAGAUGACAAAUCUACAAAGCAAGUUAAAGCCAUUCGUACAUCCCUUGAUGAUUUAAUUAGGGGAAUAAAGACCACUUACAUGAAACGACAACAGAUGGACAAGUUGUACGUAGAUCUCGCAAGUAAGGUUUCCAAGCAGCUAAAGGAACUGAUGUCAAAGAAAAAGGCAAAGGAAGAAGAACAGAUACGUCUGCGAAAACUUCAAGAAGAAAUGGAAAGAGAAAAGAAGAAACGCGAGGAGGAAGAAAAAAAGCGAAAGGCAGAAGAAGAGGCGAGAGAAAAAAAGAGAAAGGCAGAAGAGGAAGCAAAGAGAAAAAAAGAAGAAAUGGAAAAGAGAAGAAAGGAAGAAGAAGCCAUGAAUCUGAAAGCUCUCCGAGAGGAGAGAAAGAAGCUGGAAGCAGAAAAGAAGAAGAUAGAAGAAGAAAGGAAGAUGCUAGAAGAUUUGCGCAAAAAACAAGAACAAGAGCGUCUUGAUUUUGAAAUGGCGCAGCGUCUGUCGCAGGAAAGUAACUCACAGGUCGCUGCAACUGAAGAGAUUGCGCAGGUCAGAGAGGUGGUGGCUACUGCAAUACCUGCUCAAACCCCGCUUGUACAAAGGGCUGAUAAAACCUACGAUCUAUCAAAAUGGAAGUAUGCAGAGUUGCGAGAUACAAUUAACACUUGCAAUGAUGUGGAUCUGUUGAGUGCGUGCCGUGAAGAGUUUCAUCGUCGUUUGAAAGUUUAUCAGAAGUGGAAGUCGAAGAACAAGAAAAACACAGCGGAGGAAGCACCAGCUGUGCGUGCUCCUGAAGUCGUUCAAAAUGCUUCUCCACCACCGCCACUGCCGCAGAAGAAAAAGGCGGGGCAGAAAAUGGAGCAACGUUAUUUCCGUGUUCCUUUCAUGCGACCGAGUGAUAAGUCCGGGGAUCCAUCCCUAAGGAAAAAAGGAAUGUGGUAUGCACAUUUUGAUGGGCAGUACAUUGCUAGACAAAUGGAAUUACAUCCUGAUAAAGUUCCAGUUCUCCUUGUUGCAGGUAAAGAUGACUUGCAGAUGUGUGAACUAAGUUUACUGGAGACUGGUUUGACCAAUAAAAAGAAUGCUGAAAUUUUAGAGCGGGAUUUUGAAUACGAGUGGGAUAAACAUGGCGGCACAAACUACUUAUUGACUGCAAUAAACAACAAACAAGCCAGGCAAACC